AUGACGCGCCCACCGAGCUUACGAGCGUCGCUUUUGACAUUCCCGGUACUCUACAUCGUGCUCGCUCUCGGAACUCUAGUCAAUGGCGCCGCGUCGGAGCCCACGCGCCCCGCACCAGGCGGGCAGGCCUUCCACUCCAUUCUGUCCGGACUGCGGUCGCUCCUGGUGGAGAACGUCUGUCCGGACGUCGACACGCGCGCACCGUUGAGAAUCGGCUUCCACUGCUUCUGGGACGGCUUCGUCGACGACCAGGGCAGGGGCCGGAACCAGAGUGGCGAUUUGUCGCGGGAUGCAAACUUUCUCGAGGACAUGUGGGCGACGUUCUGCCCGUCGUGCCGCCCGGAGUUCCCCGGACGGCCCGCGGGCGCGCCCGACGGUCCGCGGCCCGACGAGGACGUGUCGGUGUUCUCCGUGUUUUGUCCCCCGGAGGAGUUUGCUGCCAAGGUGCAGCGCGCCCGAGGAGUUCGCAUUCUGUUCAGCGGCGAGGACGUGUGGGCGCGCCCGCACUACCGGUGGUACGGCCAGGAGUCCACGCUGCGACACAUUGACGCUGCGAUGACGUUCUACGGCGCGUCGUCGGACGGACUAGGCUCGCGCCCGCUGCAUCAGAAGCGCAGAGAGUGCACCGAUCAGGCCUGCCACGCGCCCGAGAAAGUCAGAUUUCCGCUGUGGCUGUGGGAGGGCCUCUACUGGCCGUUCAACGGCUCCGACGACGCGUUGCGCCCGCAGUCCUCGCACCCUGCGCUGCGCCACCUGCAGCGGUGGGCGUGGUACGCGCGCGCGAUGCGGUUCGUCGACGCGUUCUCAACGCGCGGCCCGGGGAGCUUCGACUGCCGCGCGCGCCGGGCGGCGUUCGUCUCUAGCAGCGCGUACUCAGUCGAGAGAUGGAGUCUGAAAAACCACCUCGACCGAGUGGUUCCCGUGGACUGCGCGUCCGUGCUGGCGCGCAACCACCCGUCGCCGGAGCACACGCUCGCUGCGCAGCCACCGCCGACCGCGCGCGACCCGCAGUGCGCCGCGUUCGACGCGAUGCGCAUGGGGGGGGGUUCGGACGGGCUCGGGGGGGAGUUCUCGCCGACGGCGAUCGGCGGCUGCGCGGAGGAGGUCCGGGGGCUGAGCGUCACGGCGACGCGCGCGGGGCGGUCCCCGGCGUGCAAGCUGCCGUACUUGCAAGGCUACCUGUUUGCGGUGGCUCCGGAGACGUGGGAGCGCGCAGGGUACGUGACGGAGAAGGCGUUCCACGCAGUGCUGUCCGGGGCGGUGCCGAUUUACGGCGGCGCGCGCGGUGCGCCGGAGCCGGGGGUGCUGAACGCUGACAGGAUGAUACUGAUGGAGGACUUUUCACGUCAGUCCCUCGAGGCGGUGCAGCGGCGCGUGCGGGAGCUGCUGGCGACGGAGGGGGCGCGCGAGGUGUUCGAGAGGCCGCUGUUCGCGCGCGGGGCGGCGCGGGAGGUGACGGAGAGAUACCGCGAAGUGACGCACGUCAUCUGCGGGGCCCUACGGGCCAAGGCGGACGCAUCGUGA